AGCAAAAAAAAGGAACAAAUUUAAACAUUCGGAGCAUGUCAAAUCCGACCUGAAAAAAUAACCUAGUGGAACAGAACGGGUCGAAUCAUCAAUAGAUUUGGAUCGGAUCAGAUCCGGUCAUAAUCGGAUAAGAUCUCCAUUUACACUGCCAAACUCCAACUAAUGGUCCUAUUUUGAUUGGUAGAAUAAAAGCAGUUAACUUGUACUGGAUUACAGCAGAUCUUAACCUUCCAAAACCCUAACUCUUUUGUUCUAUCUUUCACUGACUCACACUUUCUCUCACUUCCCCCACACCAAGUGCGAAGAGAGAGAGAGAAAAAUCCCAAGCGCUAGGGUUUUAGCCGAGCUUCAGAAGGUGAACUAGGGUUUUUGCCAGAGAUGAAGAUUGUAGAAGACAAAGGCAAAAAGCCGAAACUCGCUGAGAAAAGCGACGACCAAAAUUCCGAUGUCAUCGAUGAGAAGCUCGUCCUUUCAAUCGAGAAGUUGCAGGAGAUGCAAGAUGAGCUUGAAAAGAUCAAUGAGGAGGCCAGUGAUAAGGUCUUGGAGGUGGAGCAGAAGUACAAUGAGAUACGCAAGCCAGUCUAUGAUAAGCGGAAUGAUAUUAUAAAAUCUAUUCCUGAUUUUUGGUUAACUGCUUUUCUGAGUCACCCUGCUCUUAGCGAGCUUUUGAGUGAGGAAGAUCAAAAGAUUUUCAAACAUUUAACUUCACUAGAGGUUGAGGACUUCAAAGAUGUGAAAUCGGGUUACUCAAUCUCAUUUAACUUCAGCCCCAAUCCUUAUUUUGAGGAUACAAAGAUUACCAAGACUUUUACAUUCCAAGAUGAAGGAACAAAAAUUACUGCUACAUCAAUAAAGUGGAAAGAGGGAAUGGGAAUACCUAAUGGAGUUAACCAUGAGAAGAAAGGAAACAAGAGGCCUCCAACUGAAGAAAGCUUCUUUAGUUGGUUCACUGAUACUCAACAGAAAGAUGACGUAGAGGAAAUCCAUGAUGAGAUUGCCGAUAUAAUUAAAGAGGAUUUGUGGCCGAACCCCCUUACAUAUUUCAACAAUGACCCUGAUGAGGAAGAUUUUGAUGAAGAAGCUGAUGGAGAGGGAAAGGAUGACAACGAAUCUGAGGAUGAUGACGAAGAUGAUGACCAACUAGAAGAUGAUGACGAUGAAGAUGAAGGUGACGGCAAGUGAUGUUUUCAUUUUGAUGCUGGCGGUCUCUCUUUUGUUGCUCAGCUUUAUGUAAAGUGGUAUGUAGUGGAAGUGGUUGCUAUAAAUUGUCAAAUUGCCUUCAGGUUAUAGAGGAGGGUGGCCAUAUUAACUAUUUCCUAUUAGCAAUCUCAAUCGUGUAGUCAAACUCAUUGCUCUCGCUGUUGGUGGUUUUCUGAAGUUCUUUCUUUUUUUCUUACAUUUUGACCUUUCAUCGCCUCUUACCCCACUGUUUGGUUUUUAUUUUUUGGCCAAUUUAUAUUUAAAUAACAAUGAGGUUAUUUUUGUGGUAUCUUCCUCCAUAUAUUAUAUAACGGUAACUUGCCUUCCUUUGA